AUGUAUGGGUUGUUCACUCUCGCCUCCCCGCCAGCAAUCGUCAGAGUAGACGGCGAAGAUUUUACCCUCAAGCAUCCAGAUAACUACAAAGACCUAGGUGAAGACGAGAGAAGUAAUAUCGAGAAGGAAAUAAAAAAAAAACUCGCGGUCUAUCCUCCGGUUCUCCUACCAGCAGUUUCUCGCAAAGGAACAAAUGAGAGUAUUCCCGAUCAGGCUCUGCGUCGGCUCCUGGGACACAGGCGACAUAGUCCGGUUUGGAGUCCCCUCAUGAAGAUCCAACGACGAUGGGGCUUUCUGGACAUUGAGGAGCCGAUUCCGCACAAAUUCAGUGACGAAGAGUUGAAUGCACAGACCGACGGUGCGGCCAAAUUCAACGAAUUACAAGACUUCUGGGACAUGAUUUCCAAUCUUGUUGAUCGGUGCACUAUCCGCAAGCGGUAG